GGUAGAGCAACAGGUAAUUUGCAACAGAUUUUACACAUUGGACAUAUUUGAAUCUUCGCACAUGGCUUACAGAGGCAGUGUGAGACCUUUUGUGCACUUCAACGCCAAGCAGGAUGCUGAUAUCUUACGAAAAGCCAUGAAAGGAAUCGGCACUGACGAAGAAACCAUCCUCAUGCUUUUACCUGCCCGGAACAAUGACCAGAGGCAAGAGAUCAAGGCGGCUUAUAAGAAAGCACAUGGCAAAGAUCUGGUGAAAGACCUGAGGUCAGAGCUGGGAGGGAAGUUAGAGGACUUGAUCGUGGCUCUCAUGUCUCCAUCUCGUGUGUACGAUGCAGAUCAGCUCCAUAAGGCUAUUAAGGGUGCAGGUACUGAUGAUAAAAUCUUGAUUGAGAUCCUGGCCUCCAGAACACCUGAGCAGAUGAAGGAGAUCACCAAGAUAUACAAAAAAGAGUAUGGAAGCAAGCUGGAGAAAGACAUCAUGGGAGAUACGUCUGGACAUUACCAGAGGUUGUUGGUUAUGCUUUUACAGGGGGAAAGGGCGGAGGGAGUGGAUGAGAGCCAAGUGGAGAAAGACGCCAAGGAAUUGUUUACCGCCGGGGCGAAGAAGGUUGGCACAGAUGAAGAAAAAUUCGUCCACAUCCUGGGCAACAGGAGCAUCGAGCACCUGAGGCAAGUGUUCGCUGUAUAUAAACAGAUAGCCGGCUGUGACAUUGAAGAGAGUAUUUGUGGGGAGUUUACUGGCAACCUUGAAGCAUUGCUCAUAGCAGUGGUGAAAUGUGUGAAAAGUGUACCUGGAUAUUUCGCUCACGCCCUACGUGACUCUAUGAGGCGUGCCGGCACUGAUGACGAGACUCUGAUCAGGAUCAUGGUGUCCAGGAGUGAGGAGGACAUGUUGGACAUCAGAGCUCAAUACAAGAAAAUGUAUGGAGAGUCACUGUACCGUACCAUACAGGCAGAUACUGAUGGUGAUUACGGAAAGGCCCUGCUCUACCUCUGUGGUGGAGAUGAUUAAUUCUCACUUUUAUUUAUAAGCAUAAGAUUAACUCAUCUACUAAUUAUUAAUAUUCAGCUUUUCUAUAAUUCCUAAUCGUAGGUAAGCUAUGACAUGUUUUAUAUUAGGAAUAUAUAAACCUAAUUUAUUGCAAUCAAAUUAUAAAAUAUACACUCAUCACAUCUAAACUCAUGUCUUCUUCUUCUUCUUCUUCUUCUAGACUCUAUUCAUGAUUCAGUAAUUAAGUGGUUAAUGUAAUUAUUAAAACAGUAUAAAGGUACCAGUAUCUCCACUACAGCAGUUAAAGGAACAAGUUUAUUGA